CAAGACAAGACAAAGUUGUUUUUCAUGACGUUGUUGGUGACUAGUGAUUGUUGAUUGAUAAUAAAUAUUAUAUUGCUCAUUGUGAUAUCAUACAUACGUUUUGGAAAGAUUUUGUUAUUGUGAUUUUUUAAUGGAUAAUUUCGAUUUAUAACCAUGGGGAUUUUUGGCAAUUCUUCACCAUUUGAUCAAGACGUUGAACGAGCUACGAGCGAAAACAAUACGAGCGAGGAAUGGGGACUGAUCAUGGAGAUCUGUGACCGCGCCGGGUCCUCCGCCCAGAGCGCCAAGGAGUGUCUGCGCGCCGUCAUGAGGCGUCUGGCGCACCCCGACCCCCACGUACAGGUACACGCCGCCACGCUGCUCGACGCCUGCGUCGCCAACUGCGGCCGCGCCUUCCACCUCGAGGUGGCCUCGCGCGACUUCGAGACCGAGUACCGCCGUCUGCUGGCCCGCGCGCAGCCCGCCGUGGCGCAACGCAUGCGCGCGCUGCUGCGCAAGUGGGCCGAGGGAGAGUUCCGCGACGACCCCCAGCUCGACCUCAUCCCGUCCCUGCACGCCAAGCUGCGCGCCGAGGCGGGCGAGGCGCCGCGGCCCGCCGCCGCCAGCGACGCCGCGGCCGCCGCCGCCGCGCAGCGCGAGCAGGAGGAACUGGCGCGCGCCAUCGCGCUGUCGCUGCGGGACGCGCCCGGCUCGGCCGCGCCGUCCGCCGCGCCGCUCUACCCGCGCGUCGACGCGCCCGACGCCGCUACGCCGCGCAAGGUUCGCGCGCUCUACGACUUUGAGGCUGCCGAAGAUAAUGAGUUGACAUUCUUAGCUGGCGAGAUAGUGCACGUAACCGACUCUAGCGACCCCAACUGGUGGAAAGGUUACAACGAGCGAGGCGAGGGCUUGUUUCCUGCCAAUUUCGUAACGGGCGACCUGGCGGAAGUACCGCGCGCCGCGUCGCCGGGCGGGGGCGCGACGGGCGCGGCGGGCGCGGGCGGGGCGGGCGCGGAGGCGCGCGACGAGGCGCCCGUGUGCAUCGACGAGGCCACGAUGGACGCGGCGCUGAGCGCGCUGCACGAGGCCGACCCGCGCGAGGCGGGCGCGGGCGAGGCGGCGCUGGCGCGGCUGGAGGCGCGGGCGCACGCCAUGGGCGCGCUGGUCGACGCCGCGCUCGAGCGCGCCGACCGCCGCCACGCGCGCCUCACGCAGCUCAGCGCCGAGCUGGUGGACGCGCUCAACCUCUAUCACUCGCUUAUGCGCGACCCCCUGAAGCCGUUCGGGCACGGCCCCCACGGACAGCCCGGCCCGCCGGGUCCCCCCGGCCCUCCCGGCCCGCACGGCCCGCACGGCCCCCACGGCCCGCACGGACCGGGCCUGCCGCCGCCGGGCGCCUACCCCCCUCACGCCUUCGGACCUCCGCCGCUGCAUCCUCCGCCUCCCCGAUGCUGAGGUGCCGGAUCUGCUGCCCGCUGCUGAUCAUACUGUAUGGUGAUAUUGUUGUUAUGUUAAAUAAAUAAAUGUAUCUAUUUAAAUUUUAACUUUCUGUAGCAAAAUAAAUUUAUUAAAGGAUCAUUAUUCACUAAUAUGAGGAUAUAUUAUUUCUAUUCUUGUCGUAGAACUAAACCAUUUAAUGUACUCGUAUUACAUACUUAUUAGCAAAAUGUUGAUGGAAGUCCCCUACUUCAUACAAUAGCUAGGUAUCUAUAAAACCGACCACUCAACAGAAAGGAGGUACUUAGCUUCAGUGAGUUCGUUCCAUAUUUUUGUGUAUUGUUAUUUCGUU